AUGAAGUCGAGUCGAAUAAUUUUGGAAUUUUUAUUAAUUUUCAUGUCCUUUAAUUUGAUUAAUGGACAGGAUAUUCAAUGGGGCAUCAUCAACACCGAUUCAAUAAGAAUUGAUCUCCCAGCACACUUCACAUUAAAUCUUACAGCAGGAACUAAUGCAAGUUUGAAUGCAACUAUGAGAGUAUCAAGAACGAUUCAUGGAUUAAAACUUCAAACCAUAAACAGUCCAGGUGCAAACGGUGAAAUAAUCAACGGAGGAAUUGGCUUUAAUUUCGUUACAUUUAUGCUGCAAGGAAACUCAAGUUACUUUUAUUUUAUUGCUGAAGCAUUUGAAAACAAUACAUUAGGUGUUGAGACAACAACUGUCCUUCCAACAACGCCAAAGCCUGAAGAAACUUUUGAAGAAUGGGGAGUGAUCAAUACUGCAUCAUUGGCAUUAAAUCCAAAAACCUACUAUUCAGCAUCAUCUAAUCCUGGACAGAUUACACAACGUGAUGUGUCAAUUAAUGCCCCUAAAAUAAUUCAUGGUAUACGAGUAACAAGUUAUAAUAAUACGGUAGCAAAUGCAAAUAUCACUGACGGAGGAAUUGGUUCCAAUUUUACGACAAUUAGAGUUCUUGGACGUGCUAACUUUCUCAGUUUUUCUAUAGAAUUAUUUGAAAAUGGAAUUUCAACUCCUGCACCAACAACAACAGUCGGGAGUACAACAGUUCCAACAACAAUCCAAACCACUCCAAUCCCUGAGAAAAGAAUUGAAGAAUGGGGAAGAUUUGAUGACAUUGCACUUCUUGAUGAGAUAGCAUUCCAAAAUUAUCCACCAAUAUGGUCAACAGCAAACGAAAACGCUACAAUCACAGUGAAUGGAGUCAUUCUAGGAAUAAGAUUGACUAGCUUGAACUACACAACUGGUCUUUAUGAGCUUAUUGGAGGAGGAUUAGAGCAAAAUUUUGUGACUUUUAACUUUAGAGGAUCUCGAGCUGGAGGACCAUAUGAUUUUAACAUCGAAAUCUUUGGAAAUAGUUCCGUCAGUGUGAAAUUGUCAAUGGCUUUAGUAGCUGUUUUGAGUUUAUUAUUUAGUUUCUUAAGAUAA